CAUACUUGCUGCAAAAAACUGCCAUAGUCAGAUAACACACAAAUUUUUUCUCCGCUUUUCCGGUAACACAACAGGUAAGCAAAAAUCAUAAAUUCCGUCGUCAAACUUUCAUGUCGUAUAUCAUUGUUCCUAAGAAGAGAAAAAAAUCAUAUAAAUAUAAAAGCCCGAAAAUUCUUCCUUCCCGGAAGAUACAGAUACAUACAUUUUUUGUUUAUAAAAAAAUUCGGUAAAGUGUCACUGCCAGAUGCAGAAUUUUAAGUAAAAUUGUGAUAGUAGUAGUGAUGCACUUUGAACGUCCACUGUGUCGUCACUUAUAUUACGCGUUCCACUAUUCAUGGACUUUGCAAAAAAAAAAAAAAAAUCAUUGCUGUCACGCCUUUUAUAGCCUUUUUGUACUAAAUCAUUUUUUUCCACAAAACUUUAACCGACUUCGAUAUCAAAAGUGAUUAAAGUUACAUUAUUUACUCUAUACAGAGAUCCAAUCAAGGUGACAGGUCCACAUUGUUCAUUUCUUUUAUUAUUCAGUUGCAGAUAUUGCGACUGAAGAGCCUGCAACAUGGAUAAAGUGAACAUACAAGUUGAUAACAAAAAUAAUAUUGAUAAAAAAUUGAAGAAGACAAAUUCCAUUGAGGGAUUUUACGCCAACACUGGGAUCUUGGUGACGGGAGCGACAGGUUUUGUAGGGAAGGGAAUCUUGGAGAAAUUAAUGCGUCUAUGUCCAAACAUCGCAGCCAUUUUUCUCCUCAUUCGUCCGAAGAAGGACCAAACGAUAGAACAACGAUUUAAGAAGCUCAUUGAUGAUCCAAUUUAUGACAGCGUCAGAAAGCAUCCUUCAGUUUUGAAAAAGAUUCAUCUUGUACCAGGUGACGUGGGUCUACCAGAUUUAGGUCUUUCGCGGGAAGAUAAAACUAUGCUGAUAGAGAAUGUUAAUAUAGUAUUUCACAUUGCGGCCACUGUGAAAUUCAACGAACCAUUGGAUGUGGCUAUUAAUACAAAUACAAAAGGCACUGAUCGCAUAAUCCAACUGUGCAAGGAAUUAAAGCAUGUAAUCAGCGUCGUCCACGUUAGCACAGCUUACAGCAAUGCACAUUUAUUAGAGAUAGAGGAAAAAGUUUACACCACAAGUUUGACACCUUCUGCGGUGAUUAAAGAAUGUGAAAGCGAGGACAAAAUAUUGAUCGAUCUAUUGGAAAAAAGAAUUCUGAAAAUUUAUCCAAAUACCUACACGUUUACCAAAAAUUUAGCAGAACAGGUUUUGUCCAGCAAUUGUGAUAAUUUAGCAGUUGCGAUAGUGCGACCAAGUAUAAUUGGUGUUUCGUUAGAAGAACCAUGUCCAGGUUGGAUGAACAAUGCCUAUGGAGCUACAGGUAUCUUCCUACAAAUCGGCAAAGGUAUAUUAAGAGCCAUGAUAUGUAACAAAGACGCAAGAUUGGACGUAGUGCCCAUCGAUUACGUGGUCGACACGAUAGUGUGUGCCGCGUGGCAUGCCACCCUACAUCGUGAGAAUAAACCUAAAGUGUACAACUGUACGAGUAACGCGUCCCCUCUCAAAUGGGGUCAGAUAAAAGAUAUCUACCUGGAAUGUUGCAUAAAAACACCAAUGAACGAUGUAUUGUGGUAUCCGUUUUGCAUACUGUUGACCAACAAAUUUGUUUAUAGUGUUCUGAAUAUAUUUCUUCAUGUUUUGCCUGCGUUCAUCAUGGAUGCUUUUUUAAAACUUCGGGGUAAGAAGCCAAAAAUGAUGAAAACUGGCAAGUACUGCAGUGAGCUGGUUAAAGCGCUUGAAUACUUUGUCACACGAGAAUGGACUUUCCACAGAUAUAACGUUACUGAAAUGAUGACGAUGGUGAAAACGUUGAAAGACGGCAACGUCGUGAAAUUAGAUUUACAAGAUACGGAUUGGAAGAAGUAUAUCACGAAUUACCAAAUGGGAAUAAAGAAAUUCAUUCUGAAAGAAAACUCUGAACCUAUGAACGCAGCGCGACGAUUAUCGUUGAUUAUAACUGUCAAAACUGUUAUGAACCAAGACCAUAUCUAUCUAUGGAUGAACAAUUGGUUCCAACGAAAGCAAGAUGUAGAUUUACACGAUACAUGCCCAAUAAACCGAAUAAAUUUGGCUUCCCAUAUUUGGGAAAACAUGAAAGGAAAGAAUCUUCGGUUCCACUCGGGGAGUUUGUUACCCUGAAAUUAGUAGAAUCCUAUACGGGCUGUAGAAGAAAUAUAACCACGAACAAUUUUUUUACAAGUGUGUCAUUAGCGACGAAACUUUUAGCAAAAAAGAAACUAUGCUUGUUGGAACAAUUCGGGGAAAUAGAUGGGAGUUAUCAAAAUUGGAAAGACAUAUAA